GCAGCAUGGCAGUGAGUGACGAAUGGGUCCAACCAAUGCCGCACGGAGGUGCCUAGAGCGGCGACUUCUAGAUGUAGCACAUGGAAAUGAAUGACCGAAAGAUCAAAGUUGGAAUUGCGAUGGAACAGAACGCUGAGAGAAGGAAGAGGGAGCAGAGCGGGACCAGAGAGGCGAGCAGAUGCUUGCAUCACUCUGCACACUCUCUUUACGUUCCUUUCUGCUGCCUAACCUUAACCGGAGGACAACCGAUAUCCUUCAACAUGACCUGCUCAGAUUCGCUGCGAUGGUGCUGACGCAGUUGGACGAAUCUACCCCUGCAAUUUAACCCAUUCAGGAGCAAUCCACCAAAGCUGAUUAGCACCACUUAUGCUACAAUAUUACAAUGAGGCUAGGCAAGGUGCGAGACGCAAGGAGAGUGUAGAAGAUGGAGAAUCAUGGGGAAAUUGAAGAGGCGACAGCUCAUCCUCAGAACCUCUACACCAUCUUGCUGCUGGUUCUGGUGUUCUUUGUGAUGGGGCUCACGGGUGUCCUACUUUGUCACAUCUUGAAGGAGAAGGGCUAUCACUGCCGGACAUCACAGGAGAUGGACACAGAACAAGAGGAUACUACUUCACCAGAGGAUAUUCAGGAGAUUAGCAAAUCGAACCAGGAUACUGUUGGACAGAUUGUGCAGUGCAUCAUUGAAAAUGAAGCUAACGUGGAGGCUCUCAAUGAACUGCUAAGGGAACAUGAACAGGUGAAACCUCCAGUACCCAGUCCAAUAUUCCCUGAACCAGUUGUGACAAAAGCUCCUUCCCUGAUCCCUCACCAUCACACUGUACAUUCUGUGGCAGCAGGAAGUGCUGGAUCAGCCUGUUUGAGCUGCAAUCAGAGAAGGAAGAGAUCUGCAAUGCAGAUGCACAGACGGGCCAAAGAGACCAAGAGCAGGAAUCACGGAGUGGAGGUCACUGUCCUGUCUGUUGGCAGGUUUCGAGUUACCCGUGUUGAGAAGGGUCAAUGGGCACAGGAAUUGAACAGGUUACCUGUGAUUGAAGCGUGUUCUGGAGGUCAUUCAGUCACAACACAGACAGAACCAGACUAUGAGAAACACAUGACCCAUGUAAGCACAGCAAAUGAGGGGACAGAAAAGGAGUCUGAUCCUGCCCAGCUGUGACUCUGGAACUAGCUUCUCACAGGGCUCUGUCUUCCCUUCUGGACAAGGCCCAGACAGCCAGUGACAGGCCAGAGAUGAUAAUACCAAAGGCCUAGAUUGAUCUCAGCACUAGUCCCCAACUCUGACCCCAGGAGGAGCCUCAUGAUCAAGGCUACAUUGUCCCUCUGGUCCAUCUCACACUCUGCACUUGGGAGGUGCAAUCACCACUUCUCUGAGUGCAGCUGGGAAUCUAGCACCAGAUAAAGAGCCAGUGAGGCAGAAAGAUGGUCAGCAAGCUGGGGCGCCAUUGGCUGAUCUGAUUGUAAACUCAAAUCCAUGUUGCCCUAAGAACUUGGAGACAAUAAGGACUGCAGAUGCUGGAAGCCAGAGUCUAUAGAUGUGAGGCUGGAAGAGCUUCCUUUGUUAACAUUUCAGCCUGACUGAGAUCUCUGAGACUGUGCUGAGCAUGGGUGUGGAUGGGAAGGGGAAAUGUGGGGUCUCAUCCCAACCUGAACAGAUUGCUUGUCAACUUGUCCACUCACCUCAAUGCAAUACUGUAGUUCAAUUCUCAUCAGUUCCAAAAGAGGACUUAAGAGAAAUGAGUGUGUGCAGCCCAGACCUGCACAGAUCUCUUGCACACUCUGCUGGCAUUAGUCAGCAAUGCAGUCCUUUCUCACAGCUGGUUCACAGAUACCCUCUGGGAAGAAAAUUAAUGUUCAGUGACAUUGAAUCACUCAUUACAGUUUUCUGCUGGAAAUAAUUAGACCAAUCCCAGACAAUGAGGAACCCUGAGGCCUGAUGCAUUAGAACAAUGUAAGAGGCAGCGAGGAAGAAAUGCCAUCUUAAAAACACUUGCAUUUCUGCAUUCUUUCAUGACAUCAAAAGCAUUCAGAGACAGCGAAGUACCUUUGGAGCAUACUGAUUGUGGGAAACACAGCACGUAGCAAACUCCCACAAAUGGCAAUGUGUGGUACUUCCCAAAUAAUCUGUUUUACUUUAAAGUAAAAUUAAGAACUGCAGAUGGUGGAGUUACGAAACAAAAAACAGAAAUUGUUGGAGAAACUCAGCUGGUCUGGCAGCAUCUGUGCAGAGAAAGCAGACUUAACAUUUUGAGUCCAGACACCUUACUUCAGAUCUUCAGUUGGUGUCUGUGCCUUCAGACACCUAAGCCGCAUGCUCUGGAAUCCCCCGUUCUCAGACUCAUUUUCAACUGUUGAGUCACUAAUUCAGACCUACCCCUUUGACCAAGCGUAUGGCCACAUUGCUCCAUAUAGCUUUUGUGGCAUAUUGGUGGUGUCCCUAGCUCUGGGCCAGAAGAUCUGGGGUCAAGUCACACCUGCUCCAGAGGUGUAUCAUAACAUAUCUGAACAGGUUGAUUAAAAAUAUCUUUGGCCAUCUGACCUCAUGUCUUCUUAAGUGGCUUGCUUUCAUACUUAGUUUUUAGAAAGCCCCUGUAAUGACGCCUGAGAUGUUUCAUUAUGUUGAAGGUGCUUCACAAAUAUAAGUUUUUGUUGAAAGGCAAAAAGCAAGCACAGAGCAAAAUAAGCAGUCAGUUUGAAGAGUGACACCUACAGAGGUAGGCCAUUCAGCCCAUGAGGCCUUUGCUAGCUCUUUAAAGAGCUGUCCCACUUCCCUCCUCUUUGCCCCAUAUGAUGGAUAAAUACUUAAAGAGGGAAGUUCCCACUUACCUCGAGAAAUUUAUUGUCGAAUCUGCUUCGGGUGCCCCUUGGUUCAGGUUUCAUUCUGAGCUCGAUUUGCCUGAUGGGCCAAGUCAGGUUUCACUCACAGAGAGUUGGGAAUCGAUCUGACCAGAUCACAGCAGGCUCAAGUAUUGUAGCUCCAGCUUCAGAUGUCAGCUCCUACUCUACUUGACAGCCAUUAUACGAACAAGUGAAUUAAGAGCUGUAUUAAGCCAUACUUUAUGAUUCUAUUGGCUCUUCAAGCCUUCUCCACCAUUUAUUAAGAUCAUGAGUGUUCUGUUUGAGUUCCAAAUUCUGAUUAACAGCAUGAUCUGUAUGAUAAGCGAGCAGUUCAGAUGGUUAAACAGCCUCUUCCUGUCUAUGUGUGCCCAGUUCUGAACUGCUCAGUUUGUUCUAAAUCUUUUCAACUGCCCCAGUUCUCCUGCCUUGGGCUCUCCCCUCCAGCUUCAUGUAUUUCCAGCACCUCUUGCAUUGUUUUCAGGGUGAGCUGACCGUUUGCUACAGAGCCUUAACUCACACCAGGGAUCUGACCCAGAUGUGGCCAGCUUGGGAUAGCUUGAGGGAUUUCCAGCUCAGAAACAAACCGAUUGCCUCAGCUGCUCCACUGUUCUUCAUGCUCCACACAAGCUUCCUCCCAUCCCUUUCCAUCUAAAUCCUACCAGCACAUCCUUCCAUCCCUUUCUUCUUCAUGUACUUGUCUAACUUGCCCCAAAAUGUAAUUAUGUCAUUCACUUCAACUAUUUCCUGUUGUAGCAAGCUCCACCUGCUCAUUACUCUGUAGCUUUAGAAGUUUAUCCUAAUUUGGCCUUUAUCCUAUUGGCUUCAUUGAUGACUUUUUUUUAAACAUAUGGUCCCUAGUUCUGGCCUCCCCAUAAGUGAGACAUCUUCCUCAUUCCCAUUCCUGAAAAUCAAACUCGAUCAUAAGAUGAAAGGCUAAUAACAAGAAGGGAAUUGACAACAUGCACAAGGCAUCAGAAUGAACUGAAGAUUUAUUUACAUGCUUUUAUUUACAUUGGAGUGCUACAGUUGACAGGGCUAAGUGUGUUUUCAUCCAAAAGACUCUCCCUCAUCGCUUCUCAGAUAAUUCAGCACCCCCUCACGACUGUUUCUCUGACAGCUGCUUUGAUCCACUACUGCUGCCCCGACAAUGAAGCUCUCCCUCAGUACUACAUCUCUGUCAGUGCGACCCUUCCCCACUGUUGCUUCCCAGAUGAUGCAGUACCUCUUUAGUGUUGCAACUCUGACAGGGUAGCCCUCCUCUAGCACCGUUUCUCCUCAGCACUGCCCCUCCAACAAUGCAGAGCACCCUUGGUACUGGAAUGAUUAUCCUGGCUUAGAUUUAUGUUGCAAAACUCGGGAAUGACUUCUGACCAGAGUCACGGCUGAUCCUGAAAGCAACUUUGUCAUCUCAACCCUAAAUCCCUGCAGUUCCCCAAAUUUGGUCUUUGUCGCAUGUCACACACUCAAAAGCUUAGUUUGAAGUAUGUUGUUGGUUUAUUAUUCCUGUACAAUGUGCUUCCAGAUUCAGAUUUGAUUAAAAAAAAGACACUCUCUCCACAUUCUGAAGCUGAGAAAGAAAGGCUAACAUUUCGAAAGCAUCUUUCACAAUGGCAGGAUGAUCCACUGUCCUUUAUAGCCCAAUGAAGUACUUUCUUCAAACCUGGUCACUGAAAUAAUACGUGAAACAUGAAAGCCAAUUUAUACACAGCAGGAUGCCACACACAACUGUAAAAUAAAUAAUACAAGUUUAUAUAUUGGUUAAGAGGGAUACAUGUUGUCUGGGACAAUGGGAAUUAUUCUCUUUUCCGGUAUGUUGUCAAAAACUCUGCGCUAAGCACACUGCAUUUUUCCCCCUGCAGGCUAUUCGGCCCCUCAAGCCCUCCCACCAUUCAAUGAGAUUGUGGCUAAUCUGAUUGUGGCCUUUCCUGCCUACUCCUAAUAGCCUUUGAUUCCUUUGUUCUUGAGCCAGACUAAACCCCUUAGAAAGACAUUCUUCCCACAAUGCUUCACUCUGAACCACCUUCAAUCCACCUCAUUCACUCCUGCUCCUGUCAGAAAGCCAGCACCAGGGAUGUUAAAAUAAAACAUAAAACAAUUCUGCUCCCCUACUUUCUCCCUAUAUCUACCUUUUCUUUUCCAAAUACUUAUCCAGUUACCUGUUGAAAGGUACUGUAUAAUCUGCUUCCAGGCAGUUCAGUCAACAACUUGGUGGCCUGGCAUAUCUCCUGCUCUAUCAUUACCAUCAUGCCUGAGAAUCAACCCUAGUUCAAUGGAGAUUGCAGGAAGGCAUGCCAGGAACAGCACCAGGCAAACCUAAAAAUGAGGUGUCAACUUGGUGAUGCUACCAAACGGGAUUACUUUCACAUGAAUGGUGGUGGCCAAUUAAACAGGUAACUAGAGAAGGAGCCUCGACAAGCAAUCCCCACCCUGUUUGACAGGGAACACAGCACAUCAGUGCCAAAGAUAAGGUUGAAGCAUUUAUAACAAUCUUCAGCCAGACAUGCCAAUGAUCCAUUUCACCUGCCAGGCUCCAACCAAUGCAACACACUGCAAUGUGAUAUCAACAAAAUAUGAGCAGGAAUAGACCAUACAAUUCUUUGAGCUUAUUCUGCUACUCAAUGAGAUCAUGGUUGAUAUGUAGUCUAAUUGCAUAUACCCAUAUCCUUUAUACCUUUGGUUAAGAAAAAUUUACCUCGGAUUUAAAACUAACAACUAAUUCAGCAUCCACUACCAUUUGUUGAAGAGAGAUCCAAACAUCUCCCACCCUUUGUGUAUGGAAGGGCUUCCUAACAUCUCUCCUGGAUGAUCUGACCCUCCAUUUUAGAUCAUGACCCCUAGUUUUAGAAUCUUCAACCUGUGGCUAUAGUUUAUCUUUAUCUAUCCUGUCUUUUUCCAUUAAUAUACUGAAGACUUUGAUCAGAUCACCCUUUAACCUUCUAAAUUGUAGAGAAACCAGGCCUAAUUUGUAUUCUCUACUAAUAACCUAAUCCCUGAAAUCCAGGUGUCAUUCUUGUAAACUUCCUUCUUAACGUCUGGUGCCCAGAUCUGCUCACAGAACUCCAAGUCAUAGCUAGUGGGAGGCGAUGGCCUAGUGGUAUUAUCGCUGGAUUGUUAAUCCAGAGACCCAGAU